AUGGCUAACAACGUGACCGCUACCAGAGAAGCUACAAGGCGUACUCACACUUACAGUUUCCAUCGCGAAGGCUUGAUUCAGUUGGAGCAAUUGGGUGGAUUGAUCACUGGUCAUAAUAAAACUGUGUUCACUGAGAAUUAUGGAAACAUCUUGACUCUUUUGGACUCACACGUCGACGAAUGGGGUUUAUCUACUCUUCUCCAGUUCUAUGAUCCUGACUUGCGUUGUUUCACCUUCUCAGGCUAUCAGUUGGCUCCCACUCUCGAGGAGUACUCUCACUUUAUCAAUAUCAAGGUUCAACACAAGGUUCCUUUCGUUUGUGUCCCAGAGAAACCUGAUUUGGACAACAUUGCCAACGCUCUUUAUUUGAGCAUAGGAGACGUCCUUGGGAAUUGGAAGAAGAAUGGUAACACUCAUGGUUUCUAUAUGAGUUUCUUGGUUGAGAAGGCCCAAGAAUUGGCCAACAUAAAGGUGUGGGAGGCUUUCAACGCCCUUCUGGCCGUUUUGAUCUAUGGGAUCGUGAUGUUCCCUAACAUUCACAAGUUCGUUGAUCUGGCCGCUAUAUGUCUUUUCGUGGAUAAGAAUCCGAUCCCUACUUUGCUAGCCGAUACGUACUAUUCCAUUCACUCUCGAUAUGGGAAAGGAGGAGCCAUAAGAAAUUGUUUGCCGUUGUUAUACACCUGGUUUAAGUCCCACCUACCUGCAAGUGGUCCCUUCAUUACCUCUACUCAGAAAUGGCCUCAAAGGAUCAUGGGGCUUACCGGAAAUGACAUUGUCUGGUGUCCCACUGGAAUGGAUGUGGAGAAAGUUAUAACUAGUUGUGGUACUUUUGACAACGUUCCUCUCAUAGGAACAAAAGGUGUCAUCAAUUAUAAUCCUAAGAUAGCGCUGCGUCAGUUGGGUUUUGCACUUGAAGACAAGCCUUUGGACAAAGAGAUUGGGUUGAAAAGAAUCCCGUUGCCAAACAAGCCUACACAGAUUGGGUUGAAAAUAGAGUUAAAGAUCGCCUGUUGCCUUUCCCGAAGGUUAACCCAUUGUACGAGCAACCACCUAAGAUUCCAAUUGCCACUGUACCUGCUGAGAAUCGUAUCCAGGUAG